UGGUUGCAGUGGUUGCACUGAAUAAGGAUUUACAUUUGACAACAAAUCUUAGUUUAAAUAAAUAUAAACUAAUAGAUUUGGAAUUAUCAUCAGCUUAUCAUUUUUGAACAUACAUAACUGCAAAAUUCCUGAUAUAUAUUACUUUAUUUUGAAAUUUAUACAUGAUGGCUGCUAAAAUAAAUACGUUAGAUCCACCGUCAUCAGCUAGUUCUGAAAGUGAUAUUGAAGAAAUGCAAGGUGACUUCUCAGAGGUGUUUCCAGAUUGUGAUGUUGACGAGGAAAAAAGCGGCGACUUUUAUAAUACCCCAGCAUCACCUAUAACAGUUCCUUAUUGUCCCAGGCCACCAUCGACAGGGUCACAAAAGUCACCACGGUCUAGAAGGCAGCGAACAACAUCUUUAAAUCAAUCUUCAAAGAAAUCAGCUGCAGAAUCAAUGAUUCGUACUCAGCAUCGUACAAUAUAUACAGCGGGCAGACCACCAUGGUACAACAGCGAAGGUCAAAAAGUUGAACCGUUUGUUAUUGGAAUAUGUGGGGGCAGCGCGUCAGGGAAAACAACAGUUGCAGAAAAAAUUAUAGAAUCGUUAGGAGUUCCCUGGGUUACAUUACUUAGUAUGGACUCAUUUUACAAGGUACUAAAUGAAAAACAACAUGAAAUCGCAGAUCGAAACGAAUAUAAUUUUGAUCAUCCUGACGCCUUUGAUUUUGAUAUAUUGGUAUUGACCUUGCAAAGAUUAAAGGAGGGUCGUAAGGUGGAAGUACCUAUAUACAACUUUGUAACUCAUUCUAGGGAAUCCCGAACCAAAACGAUGUACGGAGCGAACGUCAUAAUUUUCGAGGGUAUACUAGCGUUUCACAACCCCAAAGUAACUGAAAUGUUGGAUAUGAAAAUAUUUGUCGACACUGAUGCGGAUGUCAGAUUAGCCAGGAGGUUGAGGAGAGAUAUAACGCAAAGGGGACGAGACCUUGACGGGGUUCUUAAACAGUAUACUUCAAUGGUGCAACCAUCAUUCAAUCAUUACAUAGCACCUCUUAUGAGUCAUGCUGAUAUAAUUGUACCUCGCGGUGGGGAAAAUGAAGUUGCUAUUCAACUUAUAGUCCAGCAUGUUCAAACGCAGCUUCAGUUGAGGGGUUUGAAGCUAAGAGAAGAACUGGCACAAGCUUAUGCCGUUAACAAGCAACCCAGACCAGACACCGUAAAACUGUUGCCUACAACCCCUCAAAUUCGUGGACUGCACACGUUCAUCAGGAAUAAAGACACUCCGCGAGAUGAAUUUAUAUUCUACAGUAAGCGGUUGAUCCGACUUGUCAUCGAAUAUACACUUUCCCUGAUGACUUUUAUCGAUAAAACUGUUGAAACACCCCAAGGGGUGUUAUAUCAAGGGAAAAGGAUGGCUACAAACAAUAUAUGCGGUGUCUCGAUUUUAAGAGCAGGCGAAACCAUGGAGCAAGCUGUUUGUGAUGUUUGCAAAGAUAUUAGAAUAGGAAAAAUAUUGAUCCAGACUAACCUCCAGACCGGAGAACCUGAAUUAUAUUAUUUACGACUUCCCAAGGACAUAAAGGACUACAAAGUAAUCUUAAUGGAUGCAACUGUCGCCACCGGAGCCGCCGCUAUGAUGGCGAUAAGGGUUCUGCUGGAUCACGACGUGCUCGAAAAUAACAUCCUGAUCGUUUCGUUGCUUAUGGCGGAGUCUGGUGUGCAGUCGAUCGCAUACGCUUUUCCUAAAGUUCAAAUCGUAACUACCGCUAUCGACCCCGAAAUUAACGAUAAGUUUUAUGUACUGCCCGGCAUCGGUAACUUCGGCGACAGAUAUUUUGGAACAGAACCUUCUGACUGUUAAAUUUUUUUGUUUCGUUAUCGAUUUUUUAUAGGGAGUCCGGUUUUUGGGAUCGGGAUUCAGUCAAAAAGAAAAGAAUAAUUGAAUUCAUUUUCCAAGUCUGUAAAUUCAAGUUAAUGGUAUAUAUUGGGUUAACAGAAUGCUUUUGCUAUAGAAGUGACAUCACCGUCACUUAGAAGCUAAAUACAAAAAAAGGUAAAACCAAAUACAAAACACAAAAAAUAAAAUACAAGAAAAUAUACAAAAACAAAUAAAAAAAUGAUUUUAAGACUCCAAAAUCCUGGGAUUGGACUCGCUAAUUUUUUAUAUAUAAGGUUGUUGGCUGUUCCACAUUACCCUUCUUUUUUUCGGUAAAUAUUUUUUAAUUUAUUGUUAUCUGUGAGGGUUAGAUUAGAUUCUUUUCUAGUCAUAAAUUUUCUUAAGCGCCUUGCUGCCAUAUUUCUAACGUUUAACGAAAGGCCUUUAUAGAUUUUGGAACUGACCCCAGUGACGUCUAUAAAUUGCCAAAUUGAGUAUUUGAAGACCAAAAAUAGUAACAUAUUAUUUAUAAGGGUACUUAAAACUGUGGUUGUGUGACUAUGAUGUAUGUAUUUAUAUUUUCUGGACUCGCUAUUUAUCGCUUUUAUGUUAAAGUUACAAUUUUUAAGUAAAUGAAGUAUUAAGGCAGUUUUUUUGUAGCGAUGUCGAACUUUUUCGAACCAUCGGGUGUUGUCUAUAUCCUAGGAGCAGUUCGUGGCAAAGCAUUGACGAAAAAAUUCGUUUAGUAAAAGUGGCCAAGAGAAAUCGCUGGAAAUUUUUUUUUAAUUCAUGGCUUGAUAACGUAAUAUGCUUGAGCAUCGAUAUUUCAUACAUAUACAUUUUUUUAUGUAACUCUUCAAAUAAGAGCAGAAGGGAAGGUAGAACAUCGUUUGAAAAAAAAUGGCUUCAGUAAACUUGUAAGUUUGGUCCCAUUAGAAAGAGAUGUUUAUUAUAUAAAAUUAUUUUGGCUUUCCCAGUUCAUUAAAAGUUGCAUAUAUGUUGCUUAGUUAAAAAAAUAACGAAGGAAAUGUCAGUAAAAACGGCAGUUUGAUAUCUUCAUUUAGAAAGAAAACUGGAAUAUACAGUGGCCCAAAAAAUAAAAUACUUAAAAUUAUACAGAAGAAAAAGAUAACAAGGUGUUCAGUAAAUAUCUCUUUUAGCAAGGGGAAAAAUUUUAAGCAAAAAGUUCCAUUUGAACAUAGGUCGUAGUUCAUUUCUUUUUUGAGAUACAGGGUGUUGAAAAUAGAAAAAAAUCACAUUUUCUGAAAUCUCUGAGGAUGUUUGAUGAAUCUUUGAUUUAUCUAUGUAGAAGUACAAACUAAGUGUACCUAAAAAUAUGUUAACCAGUGACGGAGGUACUAGGAAGAGUCGGUAUUACUAGCAAUGUCAGAAUUUUGACACGAAUGGGUAUUUUACAAAUUUGAAUGGUCCUUUUUAUUCCCAAUUGAAUUCCUAAGAAAAAACAUUUUACAUUUUGUCCGAAGAACAAACCGAUUUAGUUUAAUUUUUUUUUUAUAUUAAAUGAAGUUACAACACAAUAAUGAAACUAAUAAUUAUUAUUAGUUUCAGAAAAAUAGUUUGAGAAUUUUUUUAAUUAGAAAUACAUUUUAAAUACAAUGUAAUGUGACAAAACUUCAAAUAAUUAUUGGCGUAGAACUAAAAGAAUUUCAAAAUUUCUCCGCCAUUGGUUUUUUGAACUUUUGACACUACGUUGAAUUUAAAAUUGUAUUUUUAACUAAAAACUCCCAUAAACAGCUUUUGUGGAAGGAAUAGUUAUUUUCGAUUUACUUAACGCUGUUGUAAGCUCAUUUUAGUCUAAGAAAAAUCAUCUUCCGAGCAAAAUGUGAGACUUUUGUCAUUACAUUUCAGUUGGUAAUAAAAAGCACUAUAGUAGGAUCAUCUUCGAUGCAAAGUAAUAAAUCAUUGCCUAUCAAGGGAUCCAGUGCAAUAUGCUUUU